UGAUGUGUAUGAUGACAAAACCUCAAUUCUCAGAGCUGAUGUCAUAUGCUAAGUUACAUGGCUUAAUUACCUCCUUCUGUCCGAAGAGCUCUCUUAGAUUUACUACUGUUACACCAAUCAAGUCAUCAAUGCCAAACAAAAAAGAUAACCGUUCAGACUAACACUUUAGAGUUUCAGCAAAUUUGAAGCCAAUUUGUAUGUAACACAGGUCCACAACUACCCAAUAAAUUAUACAUCUAUGAGCGCAACUGCCCAGCAAUCUGCCUCUAUAAAUAGUAUCCGACCCAAUGCAAAAUGCACCCAUUCUCAAACUCACCCCCUAAAAAAUUUCAAGUCUGCUGCUUACCUUUCUCUUCCGUCUCCUCUCUACCAGCUCUCCCAAAUCUCUUUGUUCUAUUCUCUCAUACUUCUCUCUCAAAAACUCAACAACAUAAAAUCAAAAGAUAACACCACACAGGGGCAGCGGAACAAAACACUAUAAACACACGCACAUAGAUCUAGUGAAAUAGUAUAUCAAAACACUAUAAACACACUCUCACAGUGAAAGAAAGAGAGAGAGAGCUAAAAAACCAGAUCAAGCGGCCACAGAAGGCAGACCAAAUGGCUGCGGCGGCAGAUUAAGGACAGUCAGGUGGCGGUAGAUUUUGUGUGUAUGCAGUAUAAACAACCUUUUUCCUUUGAGUUUGGAGAGCAAAGAAGGAUAAUUAGAGAUUUUGGAGUUUAUAGUUUAUACCCCAAUACUAACACCUACGAUUAGCAGAGAUUUGGGAUAAAAAAGCUCUAAACUCUAGACGAUUCCCUGGGCUCCUUCAACUUUCAUGAUCAAAAACCCCCUAACAGAGAGAUCACUAAGUGGCAGUGAGGCACGAUGGUGAUUUUCGACGGUGACGCUGAUAUUGAUCUGUACCAGCCCAUGCCUAGCUCCAACUUUUCCUUCUUCACCAUGCAUAUUGUUUUUAUAUUCUCUCUUUCUAUGGUCCCCCUCAUGAUCCUAGCAUGUCCAAUUAAUUUUGGAUAUGUGGGGAAUAUAACUUGGUAUGAUCCCACUUGCUUUAAUGCAAGCUCUAUAGUUUCUAAUGAAAGUCAAUGCUGUCAUACAAUUAAAUCAUUGUUUUCCUUAGGUUUAGCACGACACUUAAAUGUUUCUUCAAUGUUUUUACUUCCUGAAAACCAUACUUCUGUGUCCUGUUUGAAGGACUUCCAAGUAGAGUUAGGUUCCCUGAAAGUCCCAAUUCAUUGGGUUUCUACUUGUUUGGACCCAGAAUAUUUUGUAUCUAGUCCUAGCUUUUGUGAUAGGAUUGAGUCAUUAGAUGAUUGGUUUAGGAUUUUAGGCAAGAAAACACCAAUUGACUCUUUUUGCAAAGAUAACCUCAACCUCUCUAAUAAUCAUUGUGUCAAUUGUUUGAAAGCAAUUAGAAUAACUUAUCAAAAUGACUUAAUGCCGAUUAACCAUUCUAAUGCCAAAUCUUGCUUACUAUUAGCUCAGCUUUAUGCAGCUGGUUCGGUGAAUGUCCAUGGCCCUGAGAGCAAAGAUGUUGCAAGUUGUAUUUUUCAAUUGAAUGGUCCAAUUGUAAACAUGCAUUAUCAUAGCUUUCUUACUAAACAUAAAUAUGUAUGUAGAUAUGUAAUUUUGCCUUCUGCCAUACUCUUGGUGUUGGGGGCCUGGAUUUCUUUUAGAGAUUGGGUUAUCAUGAAGUGUAAGAUUAUGUAAAAAUUACGCUAUGGAUCUUGUGUGCUUACACUUAAGUUUUUUAAUGAAGUUGGACAAACUAAUA